GUUGCAGGUAUAAUAUGGAAUAGGCCUCAAUUUUAUUCGGAGUUCUCUGUACGUAAAUAAUAGUCGUGUCGCGACAUAUAUGAAAAUCGUAUUAUCGACCACACGUCACUAUAACGUCAUACCUAUUAAUUAUAAUCUAUACAAUUUGUUUAUUUAUUUAUUUGCACCACAGUUAUUGCACUGUCUUGAUGUUCAUAAUACAUUUUUAUUAAUAGCGAUUUUGGUUAAAAUGUCCAAUUUUAAAAAGAAAUCAAAGGCUAAUAAACACAUCGUGACAUCAACGGGACUAUCUUUACAAGGCUCUCAAAUUAACCUCUCAACGCGUUUAUCGAAUUUGAACAUAUCAAAUCCUUUGCAUUAUUUUUAUAACGAAAACGUCGACACGCCAUCACGUGGAAGACCGAUGUCUGCAUUAACACUGAGUGCUACAAAUCAGGAAUCACCUCGUAGAUCAAGAUUAGUUAAACGUCCUCAGUCUGCAGAUACAAUAAACAAGAUAACCAAAAAUCGACACAUUUCAUUUGAUUUCAACGAUCAACAGAUUGAUACGAAUAUCGGGAACCACGCAGAUCGGCCGGAGAACGCGUUUGAUGAAUCGGACGGGGCCGAACUGUCGUCGUCGAGCGACGGUCGUUCGACUCCCGUCCCACCAAACGACGACGACGGCGGGGGUGGCGGCGGCAGUGGCGAUGGCGAUGGACAACCAGCGCUCGAACCGGGACUGACUUCCAAGCCGCCCAUACCACCCGGAAGUGGGGACGCGCGAGUACCGGAAACGUUCGGCCGGGCGGCUAACAGCGGUUCCGCAACGACGUUCGACGACGCGGUGGAACUCAAGUUCCAGCGCUGGUUCCCGAACUCAGCGCCUGUUCCCGCGCCGACGACCGCCGCUGACGUAUACGUAGAGAGCGUGGCCAUCGCUGCGGUCGAGGGCCGGACCGCUGCGCAGGCGUAUGCGAAGAGCGGUCGCGGUCAGCUGGACGAGGAACACCUGUACUCGAACCUGAGCGCUGCUAUAGGUGCCUCGAGCGACAGCAAGUUUGGCGGGUCGAUGUCCGUCGACCUGUCCGGGGCGCUCAGGGGUGCUAGCGCGGACGUCGGCGACCGAAGUCGUACGCGGUCCGCCGCGGCGAUAAAGCCGAAGAACAAGCCGAAAAAGAGGAUCGCACCGGUGACGGCAACGACGGCGGUUGGUCACAGAGGAAGUGCUAAGAGUACGAGGGAUGCGGCAAAGUCAAAGUCCGUCGCGACCGCGGCGGCCGUACAUCCGGUCGAAGCUACGGUGACGCGAAACGAGCACCACCACCCGGAAAAACAGCCGGAAACGGUGAUGAGGAGAGAACGUCCGAAGAACGCCGACCGCUCGCCGGUACAGGAUUACGCGAGGGAAGACGUAGUCUCGUGGAUGUCCAGUCACCUGCAGAGACCGUCAACGCCCGACUUCGCGGGACAUACACUCGACGCGUUUUCCGAAGAAAAACACAAAACGUCGACGUACGACGAGAUCGUCAAUAUUCUUAAGGAACUCGAGUCCGAAAAUAACGACAUCGACAUGAAUGUCAGGAAAAGUGGUGUUACAAAUAAUAAUAAACAUCAAACAUUAGUACCAGAAUCUUCGUCUAGUUCAAAGGCUUUAUGGUCAUUUCUGGACGAGGUAGAGAAAAAUUCAAAUGGUCCAUCUGCUCCCAAAUCACCUAAACACAAAUCACCUGUAAAAAUACCAAACACACCACCUCUAUCACCAGGUGAAAGAGUUAUAGAUGCAAAAAAGGGGAAUCUUCAACAAGUUAUGGAUCUUGACAAAGCAGAAUUGGCUCAAAAAGUAGCCAUGCUACAAAUACAGUUAUCAGAAAAAGAAGAUAUAACUGAAAAAUUAAAAAUUAAUAUAUCUGAACUACAAGCGGAGCACGCUAAAACUAAAUCUGAAUAUGAAUCCACUGUAAUGAGACACCAAAAAUUCAUUGAUAAAUUAUUGAACGAGAAAAAACAACUUAGCGAAAGUUGUUCUUUGACUGUAAAGGAAUUGACAAAAAAAAUGAAUGAUGCACUAUUGAGUCAAGAAGAACGGCAUAAAGUUGAAUUAAAAAAAGCUAUCGAUAAACAGACAGCAUCCGAAAAAAUAAAAAAAGAUCGAUGGGUUGAUCUAAAGACAAAAAAAAUUAAAGAGAUGACAAUUAAAGGAAUCGAACCUGAACUUAAUAGGAUGUCAUUAGCGUAUCAAGAAGAAUUGUCAGAACUUCGAAGAAUUCAUCAAUCUCAAAUUGAAGAGAUUGAAGCAACAUGGCAUCGGAGGAUGGCUACUAUGAGGGAUAAAAUGGACGCAGAACGGGAACAAGCAAUUGUGACAGAAAGAGAAAAUUCAAGAAAUCGCUUAGAAAUGGAAAUUGCUGAACUUGAAAAGAGUUAUCAAGAUCAACGGAAACGACUAUUGGGCGAAAUUCAUGGGGAAAGAUUACGCCAAGAAAGAGAAAAUGAAGUAACACUAAUGGAAAAACAAAAAGCCCUCGAACAAAAGUUUGAGAAAUUGGUAUUAGAAAUCCAGGAAAAGAUUAAUAAAAAGGAGCAAGAGUUUCAGAACGAGUUGAAAACAAUUCGAGAAACGUGUGAAACAGAAAAAACUAAAUGGAUACAACAUCAAACAGCUGUGUUAACAGAUAAAGAAAGUAAUAUUAAAGAAAUGUGCAAGAAAGAACGAGACAAGCAUAUUGAAUUAGUUGUUCAAAAAUUAGAGAACGAAGCUUCUGAAAGGGAAAAAAGUUCAGAAAUGAAAAUUAAACGAAUAAAAUCUGAAUACGAGGCCGACAUUCAUGAACUAGAAAAUACCAUAUCCGGCCAUCGUAUGAAAUUAAACGAAGCUCGUACUAAAGCACAAGAGUACGAAGAUAAAAUAGCAGAUCUCACUAGUGAAUUGAAUAAGUGUAAUGUUGAACAAAUACGAUUACAAGAGUUGGUUUCCAAACUAAAAAAUGAACUCGCUGAAAAAGAAAAUAGUAUAAAAAACGAGACUGUCACUAAAAUCGGAAUACUACAAACAGAAUUAAUUCAAUCAAAAUUGAGUUUUGAAACUAAAAUAAAAAAUCUUGAAAAUGAAAAAGAAAGAGAAAUAAAUCACGUUUACGUUCGGGUAAAAGAAGCAAUUAAACGAAAAGAUGAGACAAUUCAGACAUUAAAAAGUGAACGGAAUGCUGCCUUAGAUCAGUGCAGUAACAUGGAAAGACUUUUGGAUCGACAGAGAAAAGAACUUUUGAAGCUCAAAUAAUUUAAUUAUUAUUAUUGCUAAUAUUAAACAAAAUCGUCAUUUUUUUUUUUUUUUUUUUUUUUUUUUAAUAGUUACACUUAUCACUUUUUGAAAAUAUAAAAUAAUGUUAUCAAAUUAUAAUUCUGUAUUUUAGGUAGUUCACUUUAUUUACGUAACGCAUCUUUUAUGCUUUUUUAUUUGAUUGGAGUUAUAAAAAAUUGAUUUUAAUUCAAUUUCAUUUACUAAACUUUUCAACACUAUGGUUAGGUAGAAAAUUUUGGACAAGAUGAUACUUUAUCAUAGUUGUACCUGAUUUUGUUUUUGUAAUGUUAAUGUUAGUUAUUCGUUAUUAUAAUCUAAGUACAUAACAUUAUAAUAUUAUAUACUGUUUUUCAGUUGAAAAAAGUCAACGACGCCUUUAACAAAUAUGGGUGGAGGUAAUAUUAUCUUUGAUGUAUUACUAGUAGUGUGUAUUUGCGCCUGAAUUUGCAGAUCCAAUAGUUCUUCGACAUCAUCGACGUCGAUAAUGUAUAGACUCUGAUUUAUAUUUCGAGAGAAUGGAAUAAUUAUUUGAGGUAACAAUUUUUUUUCGAUUUUUUUAUAGUAUUAACUGUUGAAGGUGAUUCUGGCGCUGAGGUAAUAUAAAACGUAAAACCGAUAUGAGGUCUGAUACUCUGAUAUAAUAAUAUAAAUAAUACAAUUUCACGCAAUUUACCUUAGUGACUCUGUGGUAUUGAAAAUUACAAGACAAUUAGAGUAUGAGUUAAACAAUUAUAUUUAAUAAGGGAAUUUGCUAUCUUUUUAUUAUCUAAUUUAUCUAUAUUGUAACUUGUAAGGUAUAGGAUUAAAACCUAUUGUAAAUUGAUUAAAAAUUAUAUUUUAAUUAUGUACCUACUUGAAAUUUAAUUUAAUCUAUAUGAUCAAUGACUUACUUAAAAGUUAUAUCUCUGAACCGAAAAAAAGAAGCUAUGAACCAUAUGUUGAAUUUUUCGAUUCGUUAGUAAUUUAUGUAUAGCAGAAUAAGUGACAGUCGUAAUUAAAAUAAUACAUUAUGAUUAUUGUUUCGCAUUAUUUUACUGUGAAUUCAAUUAUAAAACACCUUUAAUAACACGUUUUAUCUGAGCUAAGAAAUUGUAGGUGAUAUUUCGUUACAUAAUUUGAAGUCUUUCAUUUUGAAUUUGUACCAAUCCGUAAAAUUUUAAAAACCUAUAUACUCACGGGGAGCUCUCAGCGGGAGGGUAUUCGAAUCUUUAGUUUCCUUUUCGUGUUUAGAAAAUACACAGAGAAUAGGUUCGUUACUGUGGAAAAAAAUCAUGUGAGUACUCUCGUCGCUUUUGGCCCUUUUAUUUCUCAUAUAUGUCGCCGGAGGCCAUUUUGUGCUGUUAGGUAAUAAUGUUUCAUUGUGACCACAUGGUGCUUCUAAAACACUCGAAAAUGAGUUGAUGAACUAUCGUAGAGACGUUAAAGGUUGGCUAUUUUAAAAUCGAUAUUGAAUAAAAUGGCACUUGCAUCAUUGAACUGCAGUUUUAAAGCCUAUAAUCGAUACACGAUUACAACAAUUGUAAAUUAUGUAGAGCAGUAAUAUAAAAUAUAUACAAUAUAUUUAUGAUUGUAGUGGUUAAUUUAUGAAAAUAAAUUAUUAACAAUUUUCUUAUUUAGUAGAUAAACAAUUAAAUUAAAGGCUCAGACAAAAACGAACUUCUAUGUUUUAAUGUUUUAAUUAAUUGAUUAAUAGCGUAAUACACCAAUGAAUAAUAUUUUUGAUUUUGAUUUUUUAUGGAUGGUUAACAUACAUUGAGCAACAGUAGAAAAAUAUCAUUAUAUACCUAC